AUGUGGCGGACCAUCGCGACGUGCCUUCUGCUUCUGGCACUGGCCAGCGGGCUGCGGCCGGCUCGGCGCGGCUCGCUCAGCCGCGGCCGGGACCGGCUGAGGGCGGGCGCCCGGCGCACCACCACCACACCGCCGCCGACGACUACGACAGAGGCGGCCCUGCUGCCAGACGUCGACUACGACACCGAGUGCCCCGAGAAGUACGGCUUCUUCGCCGACGCUUUCCAGUGCGACCGUUACUACGAGUGCCACAACUACGAGAUCACCGAACACCUGUGCGACGACGGCCUGGUGUUCAACGACUUCAGCACGCAGUACGGCCGCUGCGACUUCAUGCACUCCGUCAACUGCACCGGUCGCGAGGAGCUCCAGGAGCCCAAGCCAUCCGGGCUCUGCCCGCGCCAGAACGGGUACUACCCCGACCCCGACCCCACCGUAUGUGACAAGUUCACCCAGUGCACCAAGGGCGAGGCCAACCCACUGACCUGCCCCGCUGGGCUGCUCUUCUCGCUGAAGACGAGCACGUGUCAGUGGCCCGACCAGGCAGGCCGCACCUGCAACUCAGAAGCCCUCCCCGGCCACAAUUUUCAGAGUACCUUGACUUCAAGUGCCCGGGCAGUCAAGAUCGAGAAUCCGGGGCCAGGCCAGCCGCUUCACCCGCGCUUCGAGGACCCCAACGACUGCCAGUUCUUCUUCUCGUGCCUGGACGGCGUGGUGCCGCGACGUCACGGCUGUGAACGGGGUCGCGUCUUCAACGACGCCACCAAGCGUUGCGACGAGCCCCAGAGUGUGCCCAAAUGCAAGGACUGGUAUCUGCGUUAGGAGUGCGUCGACGGCGGAAGCAUGUUCGGCGUGUCAUCUUGCAACGGAAAUUCUAGACCCUGCUGCAUGCAUGCAUCAUCAACACCGCUAGACUUAAUGCUCUGUAGCUUAAAUCAAAUGUCCUGAGUAUUUACUGAUUGGUAAAUGAAGGUGUCAAGUGCGAAAUUAUUGCGUUAUCUCCACGCCCUACGCCAGUAGACCUUCCAAGGAAAGAGGCAUAUGCUAGUCCAAAUCUGCAGUGCAGAGCGGGCUCAUCAGCCACUGCGAAUAAAUAAUGAAAAUGACUAAAAAUGGUUUGUGUCGAAGUU